GCAACGCGGCGGCGGGGCCGGACGGAGCCGUGCCGAGAUGGGGAGAAUCGCGCUGCAGCUCCGAGCGUCGCUGGAGAACGUGACCAACCUCCGGCCCGUGGGCGACGACUUCCGCUGGUUCCUCAAGAUGAAAUGUGGCAAUUGCGGGGAGAUCUCAGACAAGUGGCAGUACCUCCGGCUAAUGGACACUGUGCCCCUGAAGGGAGGCCGAGGCAGUGCCUCCAUGGUCCAGAAGUGCAAGCUGUGUGCGAGGGAAAACUCUAUUGAGAUUCUGAGCAGCACCAUCAAGCCAUACAAUGCUGAAAACAAUGAGAAGUUUAAGACGAUAGUGGAGUUUGAGUGCCGGGGCCUCGAGCCAGUGGAUUUCCAGCCCCAGGCUGGCUUUGCAGCUGAGGGUGUGGAAUCCGGGACAGCUUUUGGUGAUAUUAAUCUACAAGAAAAGGACUGGACUGAUUACGAUGAAAAAGCUCAGGAGUCAGUAGGAAUCUAUGAGGUCACCCACCAGUUUGUGAAAUGCUGA